AUGCAGUACUCUACUCUUGUCUGUGCCUUUCUUGCUUCCGCCGUUGGGGCGAUGCCUUUGGAAGAAAACCCAUUUCCUGGUGCGACAGAGUGGACUCCCAACCACCAAGUGCAGCCAGGCGAUGUUAUUGUCCCUGUGAAGGAUACUGCCUAUGUGGUCAAAGAAGACGUGUAUCUUGCCAAACUCAAAUCUAAGGGUAUCAAGAUUGGUGCUCCCAAGUUUGACGACACUGCCGUUCAUCCCAGGUUUACGAACAACACUGUCCAGAACGAGAAGAGAGAUGACUGCAGUGGCACAUUCUACAUUACCACCGACAAGACUGAGACCUUUGUCGAUUGGGACGUACAGAUGUCUCCAGUGGUUUGCGCCAACGGCGACAUGGAUAUUAGCGUCUCCUCUGGCUUCAAUGUUGCCAACACAGUUGGAGGUAGCGCAGGAGCUGAUCUCACGUUCGUCAAGGAUCGUCUUGGUGCCAGCCUAGGCAUUGACUACAGCAAGACUUGGACGACUUUGACAUCAGUUGUCACCAAGGGCACCAUUAAAGAUGGUAACUGCGGCGUCAUGAUCACCAAGCCUCUCACCACCCGUCGUUCUGGCCGCCAGUUCAAGGGCUGUAUUGGAUCCUCCGAGGAGGUUGGUACUUGGUAUGCUGACAGUCAUGAGGAGGGAAGUUAUAACGGUAUUAAGUGGAUUGAAGGAGCUAUCUCGGUGUGCUCCAAGCCAGGAAGCAACCCUCCCUUGUCUCUCUGCAACGGGCAAGGAAACUUCCGAUGA